AUGAACUGCCUCAGUUGGAAUGCCCGUGGGCUUGGGAACCCACGUGGCAUUCGGGUCCUUCGCGACUUAAUAAAGAAGGAAGCUCUCGAUAUAGUGUUUCUCCAGGAAACACAUUUGACAGUACGUGAUUUUGACCGGUGCAAGUUUUCUCUUAGUUUUGUGAAUUGCUUAGCAAUUGAUAGGAAGGGUAAUAGUGGGGGUCUUGCUCUGUUGUGGGGCAAGGAUUUUAAUCUUUCUAUUUUGAGUUACUCAAAGAAUCAUAUCGAUGCUUGUGUUGAGGAGAAUGUUUCUAAGUCUUUGAAGUAUUUUAUUACCGGUUUUUACGGUAAUCCUGAUGCUUCUCAGAGAUGGAGAUCAUGGGAUUUACUACGCUCUUUGUGUCACCGAGAUGAUGAGGCUUGGUUGGUUUUUGGGGAUUUUAAUGAAAUUCUGUUUAGUCAUGAGAAGUUGGCGGGAAGGGAUAGGUCGCAGAGCCAAAUGAAUGAUUUUAGGCAGACGAUGGAUGCUUGUUCUCUUUGGGACAUUGGUUUUAGAGGUCCUAAAUAUACCUGGUGUAAUGGGCGUGACCCAGAAUCUAGAGUAUGCGAACGAUUAGAUCGUUUCUUUGGGAAUUCCCGGUGGUGGGUGUUGUUUCCGCAAGUUGAAGUGGUUCACGGAGGAGCAGCCUAUUCAGAUCACAUUCCAAUUAGUUUGGCUUCUGAGAUUCGUAAAACUAAGAGGAGGACUAAUAGAGUGUUCAGAUUCGAGGCUAUGUGGAUUGGGGAAUCAAGUUGUGAUAAAAUUGUACAAGACACUUGGGUUCUCUUUGCUGGAAGAAACAAGAUGGAAGAUGUGAUGCAAAAAAUAGGGGUAUGUGGGUAG